AUGGGUGACUCACGCAAUACUGGAACUAUCUCUAAUCUAUCGAGUGCUUUACGUCAAGUAAAUAUCGGCAGUGGACAGGAUCAAAAGAAUAUAAAUUAUGAGUUUUCAAAUGGUCUAAAUAACAACGUUAAUGAUAAUGGAAAUCACAAUUUGGUAAAUACAAAUGAAGAUAACGUCAAUAAAGAUGGUAGCAUAAAUACCAAUAUGAUGUCUCGCCAAGUACCUAUUCAGCACACUCAUGGAUCGCAACUAUUACAACAAGAGCGUAUGAAUGAACAACAAUUCAACCCGAUGGAGUAUUCCAGAAUAUCGAAAUUUUUUCAAAACCAACCCAUGGAAGGUUAUACCUUAUUCUCUCAUCGUUCUGCACCAAAUGGAUUUAAAGUGUCAAUAGUUUUGAGCGAACUAGGCUUACAAUAUAACACAAUUUUCUUAGAUUUUAAUCUAGGGGAGCACAGGGCGCCAGAAUUUGUUUCAGUAAAUCCUAAUGCUAGAGUUCCAGCUCUAAUAGACCAUGGUUUGGAAAAUCUCGCCAUAUGGGAAUCUGGUGCUAUAUUGCUGCACUUAGUAAAUAAGUUUUACAAAGAAACCGGCAAUCCACUACUUUGGUCUGAUGAUUUAGCUGACCAAGCGCAGAUAAACGCUUGGUUAUUUUUCCAAACAUCAGGCCACGCUCCAAUGAUCGGUCAAGCACUUCAUUUCAGAUAUUUCCAUACUCAAAAAAUUGAAAGUGCUGUGGAAAGAUAUACGGAAGAAGUUAGAAGAGUUUACGGUGUUAUCGAAAUGGCACUUGCUGAGCGGAGAGAAGCAUUAAUUAUGGAAUUGGACACAGAUAAUGCUGCAGCUUACUCUGCAGGAACUACACCUUUGUCACAGAGCAGGUUCUUUGAUUACCCAGUUUGGCUGGUAGGUGACAAGCUGACAAUUGCAGAUCUAUCCUUUGUUCCUUGGAACAACGUUGUGGACAGAAUAGGUAUAAAUAUUAAGGUAGAGUUUCCAGAGGUAUAUAAAUGGACGAAACACAUGAUGAGAAGACCUGCUGUCAUAAAAGCCCUUCGCGGAGAGUAA